AUGUUAUCCCAGAUGAGCCGCGUCUUACUCUUCAAAGUGUGGGCGAUGGUCGCGCUUCUUCCCUACACAAGUACCUGCGCGGCAGCUCUAAAUGGGAUAAAGGCCAGUACUGGACAAGAUACUGUCAGCAGAAGACACCCUCCUAGCACAAAUGCCGCACGUGAAGCCAUCGACGCAAUGAAUUGGGGGUUUUACAACAUUACAGAUGGCCGCUGGAGGACUUCGGAUGCGUGGUGGCUAAGCGGCAAUGCCUUACAAACCAUACUAGACUAUAUGAGGGCCACCGGCAGCAAAGACUACUUGUGGCAGGCUGAGCAUACCGUCCGGAUGCAAAAGAAACCGCUUCCUUGGUGGCCCCAGGGCGGAGGCGACUUUCGUGCAGAUUCAACUGACGAUACCGGGUGGUGGGUGCUGGCGUUGGUGAGCCUCUUUGACCUGACGGGCUCCGUCGAAUACCUCGACAUUGCGCGCCGUGACGAAGAGUAUAUGUACAGCUACUGGAGUACCUCCACUUGCGGCGGGGGGAUAAUUCAGGAUAUCCCCAACCUCGCGUACAAGAAUGCGAUCAGCAAUGAGCUGUACCUGAAGUUGGCAGCCUCGCUGCAUAAUCGGAUCCCCGGGGACCACGUCUACUUAGAACGUGCCGUUCAAAGCUGGGAGUGGUUCAAAGGAAGUGGAAUGAUCAACUCGGAGAAUCUGGUCAACGACGGCCUUGCCCAGAGCAGUAACGGUACAUGUAGCAACAACGGCGCGACGACAUGGACAUAUAAUCAAGGCGUAAUUAUAGGGGGACUUGUCGAGCUGUAUCGCGCAACUGCAGAUGAAGAGUAUCUGGCCGAAGCAAAGAAAAUUGCCGACGCUGUUCUGAACAGCAGCAUGCUCUCCCAAAGGGGGAUUUUACACGAGCCAUGCGACCCGGCAACAGACUGUAACAGCGAUCAGGCGGCUUUCAAAGGCAUCUUUGCGCGAGAUCUAGCAGAGCUGGAUAAGGUAUUAGACGAUAGACCUUACAAAGGAUAUCUCGUGCGAAACGCAGAAUCAGCUUGGUUGCGAGCGAGAAAUAGUCAAAAUUUCUACUCCGUUAGCUGGACUGGACCAUUUGACAAGGCAACAAUUGGCUCCCAAGCUUCAGCGGCUAGCCUACUUUUAUCUGCCUUAUGAAGUACUGAGAG